GCACAGCUCACCUUCAGAUGGAGGAAGUACACAAACUACCAAAAACCACAGGACAAACUCCAAACGCCACAUUUCUGCGGAGGUACGAUGACGAACGUUGUUGUUGUUGUGGAAAAUGUCAUGAACCACGUGACACGACUCACCCAAACUCCGCUAAAUAAAGGAAGGAGGAGGGCUCAUCUGGGGAGGAACAACACCAGACUUAGUCACCACUGUUCACACCACUAUGUGUUACCAUGGGACAAACAUCUUUUGUGUGGCUGCAGGUGCUGAUCUCUUUGCUCUGCUGUGAAACAAACCAAGGCACAGGAAGGAUCUCAGGGAUGAUGUGCAGAGAUGGGUUAACAUGGCAAACAUCUAGGUUGGGGCUGCGGUGAACAGAGCCAAACCUUCAGAGUGAACUGUAGAGACUCUAUGGAUGUUCUUGGAGACGACCCAAACGCUCCUCAUGUCUGAGGAGCACCAGCUGCUGUCUGCUCGUCCCUGUUAAGAAUGUCCUGGGGUGAGGGCAGCAUGGUUCUAUGCUGUUCUGACAGCUGAAACACAGCUUGUUGAGAUUUACUCAGAACCUUUCAUUCACUGUCAACGGGCAUUUACAUAUUUGGAAUUAUCUUGAAUUCACAGUUCGUCUGACUGUGAGUCCCAGCAGGUCUCAGUUCUUCAGAGGAGAGUCUGUGUCUCUGAGCUGUGAGGACGACGACGCAUCUGGAGGAUGGAGACUGAGGAGGAACACGAGCAGAGACACUAGAGCUGAGUGUGAAGAAUGGGGAGAACCUGAAGGUUCUACCUGCAUGCUUAGUGCCAUUGUCCCAUUUGACAGUGGAGUUUACUGGUGCGAGUCCAGCUCUGCAUCCAGCAGCAGCAGCAGCAGCAGCAGCAGCAGCAGCAGCAGCAGCAGCAGCAGCAUCAACAUCAGUGUCUCUGGUGGAUCAGUGAUCCUGCAGAGUCCUGUCCUCCCUGUGAUGGAGGGACAUGAUGUCACUCUGCACUGUCAAACAAAGAGCCCUCCCUCCAAGCUCCCAGCUGAUUUCUAUAAAGAUGGCUCCCUCAUCAGGACUGAGCCUACAGGUCACAUGACCAUCCACCGUGUCACCAAGUCUGAUGAAGGAGCCUAUAAAUGCAGCAUCCAGGCUGGUGGAGAGUCUGCGUCCAGCUGGAUGCUGGUCUCAGAUAAACCAGCGUCCACAGUUCAGACCUCUGCAGCUGCUUCCUCCCUCUCUCCUCCUCCUCCUCCUCCUUCUUUCUCUGUGUUUCUUAUCGUUAUCUCCGUCUUUGCUCUGCUGCUGGUUUUACUGGUUCUACUGGUGAGACGCUGCCUUUAGAGGAAACCUGACGAUCUUGUAUCAUGCUUCCACUGCUGCUUCUAACACCAGCGUUGAGGACAGAUGUUCUCCAUCCAUCCACCGGAAGCUGCUCAGCUCAGGAAGCCUGUGAACAGAAGCAGAUGGAGGAGGAAGCUGCUCCAUGUACAACCUUCAGGUUUGACCACGCUGCUCUGCUGCAGUGCACGAGAGCAGAAGAUGAUCACAAUCACAGAGCUCGUCUGACUGUGAGUCCCAGCAGGUCUCAGUUCUUUAGUGGGGAGUCUGUGUCUCUAAGCUGUGAGGAUGACGAAUCUGGAGGAACAAGACUGAGGAGGAACACAAGCAGACGAUGGAUGUCUCAGUGUGGAGCUGGUUGGGGAAAACCAGCUGGUUCCUCCUGCAGGAUCAGCUACGUCCUCCCAUUUGACAGUGGAGUUUACUGGUGCGAGUCCAGCUCUGCAUCCAGCAGCAGCAGCAGCAGCAGUAGCAGCAGCAGCAGCAGCAGCAGCAGCAGCAGCAGCAGCAGCAGCAGCAGCAGCAGCAGCAGCAUCAACAUCAGUGUCUCUGGUGGAUCAGUGAUCCUGCAGAGUCCUGUCCUCCCUGUGAUGGAGGGACAUGAUGUCACUCUGCACUGUCAAACAAAGAGCCCUCCCUCCAAGCUCCCAGCUGAUUUCUAUAAAGAUGGCUCCCUCAUCAGGACUGAGCCUACAGGUCACAUGACCAUCCACCGUGUCACCAAGUCUGAUGAAGGAGCCUAUAAAUGCAGCAUCCAGGCUGGUGGAGAGUCUGCGUCCAGCUGGAUGCUGGUCUCAGACAAAGCUUCCACCUCGUCUCCUCCUGCAUCCACCUCCAGGUCUAAUCCUACGUCUCCUCCCUCGUCUCAUCUUCUUCCUGUGAUUGUGUCAGUUCCUUUCGUCUCGUCUCUGGUUUUACUGGUGUUGAUGUUUCUGCUGAGGAGAAACUGGCUUCACAGAAAAUCUAAAGGUGAAAUCGAUGUUGGAGGAAACGACAUUACGUACAGUGACAUCAGGAUAAAACGCGAGCAGCAGCCGAGCAGACAGAGAAGAGGUAACAUCUGGAUCCUUGUCUUUAAAGCUCCUCCUGUUUCAAGCUCCACAUCUGCAGCUGCUUCAGCUCACACUGAUCGUACUGAUGACGACCUGGGUCAGAACCAGACCUGCUUUGAGCUGGAUCUGGAGGUAGAACAGUCCACGGUUACAUCCAGACACUGGCUACAUGCAAACUAACACGCGGCACUCAGAACAACAGGAGGCCUUUGAACGCAUCACGUACAACACCAUAAAUGUCCCCCACAGAAACAUUUCAGUCCCGUUUCUACAGCAGCUUCGCUGUGAGCUUCUUGUUUGCUCAUGACCAGCGUUUAUUUGUCAGACUCAGGCUCCGUGUGUGUGUGUGUGAGCCUCCACGUGUCGGCUUCACACUCACCUCUUUAUCCGGAUCAUGAGGUGAUGAAGCUGCUGCCGUGCAGACGUGAAACUCUGAGGUUUCUGUGUCUGUGGUUGUUGCUCAGUGUUUGUGUGGUUAUGUUCAUGUAGCAGCGUGUGGUUCACAGCUUCAUGCUUCAUCCUCUGUUAUCAGAGUCCGACCAAAGUGUCAGAACACGUGUUAGAAAAACCCAGAACUGGAGAGAAUGAAGAGAACAGAGGCUAAAACAUUAACCUCCAACCAAGCGAAGGUGUAGAAACGAAUGAGCAGCAGGUGGAAGAUAGACAUAGCAAGGUUCUACUAAAGAAGAUGGAACAUGAAGGUCCCAGAGAAUCUGAGACAGGAUAAGAGACAAGCAGGUGACCAAGGCCUGAGAGGAGGAACAGGUAAAAGCAAAAGGAAAACAUAGAGCCAACCAGAGCAUCAACAUCUGGAGUCUCCAAAGACAGACCAACGAUUCUAAAGCACAAACAAGAUGUUUGACUUUGAGUCAAAGCAUGUAACGUUGACUCUGCUCCAGCUCUGACUCAUGUCUCAUGUUU